CCCCCCAAUUCCAGACCCCAUGGCAUAGCGUAUAUGUACUCGAUUUGAAGAAUAUGGUCAUGGUUGCGAAUUGAAGAUUAGGAUCAGAAAAAAUGUCAUUAUCGUUGGGAGCUACUUUUUCAAUCAUGGCCUGCGUCAGCAAGCACCAGCAACAGCACAGCUUGGAGGCGAGCCACAUCCGGCGGGCCGCGGAGGUCGCAGACAAGUCGGCGGGCUUCUCGGCUCCCCACCCGAAUUUCGGAUGCGUGAUUGCGAGGGGAGGGAAUGUAGUUGGAGAAGGGUUUCUGUAUGCACAAGGGACUAAGCCUGCGGAGGCGCAGGCCGUGGAAGCAGCCGGUGAGCUUUGCAAGGGCGCCACUGCUUUUCUCAACUUGGAGCCUGGCGAUUGCCAUGGUGACCACACCGCCCUUUCCGCCCUUAUCAAGGCAGGAAUUUCAAGAGUUGUUGUGGGGCUCAGACAUCCUUUGCAACAUCUUCGUGGGAAUGCAAUACGCUCAUUAAGAAGUGAAGGGGUGCAAGUUGAUGUUCUUGGAGAGGAACUGCAAAGUAAACUAUUUGAGGAAGCUUUAAAGUCCUGCAUCUUAGUCAAUGCUCCUUUAUUAUAUAGAGCUGCUUCUCGAGUUCCCUUCUCUGUUCUCAAGUACGCAAUGACCCUAGAUGGAAAAAUUGCAUGUAGCAGUGGACAUGCAUCAUGGAUAAGCAGCAAACUGUCUAGGCAUCGAGUAUUUGAUUUGCGUGGUAGAAGCGAUGCCAUUAUUGUUGGAGGAAACACUGUACGCCGUGAUGAUCCACGGCUAACUGCAAGACAUGGAGGUGGUCAUUGUCCUGUACGGAUAGUAAUGUCGCAAUCGCUUAAUCUUCCUGAAGUUGCAAACCUAUGGGAUGUGUCUGAUGUAUGCACAAUAGUUACAACACAAAGGGGUGCUAGGAAGAAUUUUCAGAAAUUCCUUGCAUCCAAAGAUGUUGAAGUAGUGGAGUUUGAUAUCUUAAACCCUAGAGAUGUCAUGGAAUAUUGCUACGACCGUGGGUAUCUUUCAAUUUUGUGGGAGUGUGGAGGGUCAUUAGCUGCGCCUGCUAUUGCAUCUGGUGUCAUUCACAAGGUGUUUGCAUUUGUUGCCCCUAAAAUUAUUGGGGGAGAGAAAGCUCCAUCUCCAGUUGGUGAGCUAGGGAUGAUCGAAAUGUCACAAGCACUAGAUUUAAUCGAUGUCUCAUUUGAGCAGAUUGGGCCAGACAUGCUUAUCAGUGGCUAUCUUCAGCCCAUUCCUGACCUGUCACCUGUAAUCCCAUCUGUUAAUGAGACUUCGGCAAUAGAUCCAACCAUUGCACCUUAUGAGGCGAGAACCAUAUUCUUUUACAAAACAUGGGAUCCAUAUGGAGCAUUUUCAAACUUCUCUCCUCAUCCUUUGUGCAUGCCUGAUGGAGAUGGUGGUUAUGCCAAAUGGCCCAGUGUGGAGCAUUAUUAUCAGGCACAUAAGUUCGUUGGGGUACAUGACCCUAUGGCCAGAGAUUGUGUUGAGCAAAUAAAGUCUGCAAAAUGUCCAGAAGAAGCAGCACGCAUAGGGAGGAGUAUGCAGCGGAAACACCCUGAAUUGGUACGACCCGAUUGGCACACUUCCAAGAUCGAUGUUAUGUACGGUGCCCUAAAAUGCAAGUUUUCUGUCUACCCGCAUUUGAACUCUAUGCUACUCUCGACUGUGGGUUCCGUUCUGGUUGAAGCAUCACCACAUGAUCUCUUUUGGGGUGGUGGCAGGGAAGGUGAAGGCUUAAAUUAUCUGGGACGGCUUUUGAUGCAAUUAAGGUCGGAAUUCUUGGGGAAAACCUCAACAGAAGAGUGAAACUGCUUGAUUUACUUGCAAAUUUAUGCUGUACAUGGAUGUUUCAUAUAGACUGAUCGGCUGGGGCCUAACUUAUGUGGACAGGCUUUUGAUGCAGGUAAGGCUAGAGUACUUGGGGGAGUCCUCAUAUAUAAAGUGAUAGGUUGCCUGAUUUACUUGCACCUAUACAGCAUGCAUGUUUCAUAAGGGUCUGACUGGCCGGGCGGCUAGUCCUCUAAAUCACCACCAGAGGACACCUUUAAGAUCGAUUCAUUGAUGGCACGUGUAUUUUACCUUUUUAUUUUUUUCAGGAGUUCUUGAUUUAACCAUGUUGCCAAUUGCAGAAAACAUUAUCCAAUGGGUCCUUGAUUUUUUUUUUUAAUGGCGAUUUUUUAAUGGUUCAUGAAUAAUAGGCUUCAACUUCUGCCCUGUAUAAUGAAGAAGAAGAGUUCAAA